AUCUGCAAAAUUUUGAUUCGUAUUCACAUACUGUAAACACACACACACACACAACAAUCAGCAAUGGAUCCAAAUCCUAAAAACUUUCCAAUACUAUCCUAUGUUAUGGCCAGGCUGCCCAGCAUGAAAAAACCAAACAUGUCGGAUUUCGACAUCGAACAACCCCCUGUGACACCUCGUUCGCCUUCCAAGCCAAAACCAGAACCAUAUUUCGAGCUCACGGAACGAAUGCCUCAUCUGACAGAUCCUCAGCUUUUGGCUUCCAUGAGGUCGGCCGUGGCUGACGUUUCACAAACACGUUCGUUGUUGAAAACGCUAGGUGAACGACCAGAUCACGAAGCUGUGGACAUUGCAAAAGCACGGCUUGCGGAAAUUGAGUCAAUGUUGUCGAACCAGCUUGAUGAGAUCGCGUUAUCGGAUAGGGUUGAUCCAGAGGAAGAUAAACGGAAGAAGGCAAUCGAGAGGGAGAAGCAAAUGCAUAAGGCUUUGAUCUCAUUGGAUCAAAUGCAUGAAUCGUAUGAUAAAUUGUUGAGUGAUGCGGAAAAGAGGCUUGAGAGGAUAUAUGAAUCGGCUAAGGCAGGGGGAAGGAAACCGGCUCCUGUUGUUGAUGAACCGAGGGGUGGCCAAGGUAGCAGUGGGAGUGCGGGUGGGGGUGGUGUUACGGAUGAGGUUAAGGAGGAAGUGAUUGCGAUUCUAUCUGAUGCAUUGUCGAACGGUGCUGAAAAGAUAGAUUUGUCAGAGAGACGUCUGCCUUUUUUACCUGAAGCAUUUGGGAAGAUUCAUACAUUGGUUUCCCUUAAUCUAUCCUCUAAUCAGCUCGAGGUCAUUCCUGAUUCUGUUGCUGGUCUAGAGAAUCUUGAAGAGCUUAACGUUUCUACAAAUUGUUUGGUGGAGUUACCUGAUUCCAUCGGCUGUUUGCUCAAGUUGAAGAUCUUGGAUGUCUCAAGCAACAAGCUAGCUUCUUUGCCAGACAGCGUUGCGCAAUGCAGGUCAUUAGUAGAACUUGAUGCCAGUUUCAAUAGGCUAACAUAUCUCCCUACCAAAAUCGGGCAUGAACUAGUGAACUUAAAGAAGCUCUCAAUCCCUCUAAAUAAGGUGCGCAACUUCCCUACUUCUAUUGGUGAAAUGAGAUCUCUUCGGUUCCUAGAUGCACACUUUAAUGAGCUUCGAGGCCUUCCAAAAUCCAUUGGAAAGUUAUCAAAUCUUGAGGUACUCAACUUGGGCAGUAACUUCAGUGAUCUGAAAGAACUUCCCGACACAAUUGGAGAUUUGGCCAACCUUAGAGAGCUUGAUGUCAGCAACAAUCAAAUCCAACAGCUUCCUACGACCUUUGGUCGUCUUGACAAGUUGACCAAACUAAAUAUUGACCAAAACCCAUUGGUGAUCCCUCCGAAACACGUAGUGAAAGAGGGUAUUGGUGCCGUGAAAGUGUACAUGGCUCAAAGAUGGUUUGAUUUGUUGGUAGAGGAAGAGGAAAGAAGUAGACGUGAACAAGAAGCGUUGGCUCAGGCUAGUUGGUUGACCCGUAGCACCUCAUGGUUGGCUGGUGCGGUUGUCGGUGCUGCUGGGACUGUUUCUUUAUUUAUGGGAGGAGACAAUGACGAUCCUUACCUUGAAGAGGAACGAUGAUUGGAAGUGCAAAAUGGGCGGGUUGGAUAAAGGGUUGAAAAUGGUUUGUGU